UGUCCAGUAGGCGGCAGUAAUGCGCCUCUCGCUGCUUAUUCUGCGCCAGAGCCGAGCGAAGAAGGAAGUGACAUUUUCAAGUGUCCUUGUGCUGGUGCGGCUUCCUGAACACAGCGGGCUAGGAGAAAUUAUCACCAUGUUUAGGCACUUAAGGAACCUGCAGCAGGUCUCCAGGCGGACCCUGUCCAGCACUGCACGCAGACAGCUGGAGAAUAAAGUCCCCGUCAAGCAGAAGAUGUUUCAGGAAGACAAUGGCAUGCCGGUUCAUCUGAAGGGAGGCACGACAGACGCGCUCUUGUACAGGGCUACCAUGGCUCUUACUGUCUUUGGGUGCGGUUAUGUGCUGUAUGCACUGAUCGAUGCAGCGCUGCCCAAGAAGAAGGCUUGAACACGCUCCUCUGUUCAUGUGUCUGAUCCUCAGAACCAUAUCCUGCCUGUCAGUUAUUCUCAUUACAAUGGAUUCAUAUUUAUUGAUUGUAAUGUAAAGCGCAAUCAUUAUGUAAUAAAACGUUCCACUGUACCGGCA